UUAAAAAGUAAGAAUGUCCAUUUUUUUGUGUGUCAGACAAGUGGGGAGGGGGGGGGGUCAAGGGUGGGUGUGUGUGUGCGUGUGUGUUGUUGGGGGCUGGGCGUAGAGCGUGAAUGGCGACGGUGGCUGAUGACUCAGGUGAUGUGUCAUAGUCUAACGCUAUAAAGGGGAACUUUCACAUGUGUCCACAAACACACACAUACUGUACACACAGUUACACACACACACACACACCCACUGGACCACACGUUGGAGCUGGACGCCUUUGUUUACCACAAGAUGAGACUGACCUGUGACUCCGCCUCUCGUCUUCUGCCCCUGCUGCUAUUGGUGGAGCUGCUGCGACCUUCCUGGUGCCGCCCCGCCCACAACGUCGCCUUGUGCAACGUGCUCCGUUCCGCCGUUCCUCGUGUGGACCUGCUGCUCAAGUCCUCUGGUCACCUCCACGACCUGGUGAGCCUGGUGACCUCUUCAUGGCCGCCUUGGCGCGUGUCCGUCGGAGACACAUCACAGCUCAUCCUUUGUCGUCUCCGUCUGUCUCGCUCUCAGCAGCCCGGCGAUGCUCUUCUGGUGGACUUGCUGGAGGACACACUUGAAGGUCUUCCCGUCAUUCACAGCACCGCCGCUCACCUGCACUCGCUGAGGGUCAACGAGUCUCUCUCCCAGCUCUACGUGCACACGCAGACCUUCAGAGUGCACGUGGACUGGUUGAAAGCGGUGAAGGAAAACUUCAGUUUGCCCGCCGAGGCUGCAGAGGGCGUCGGCGCGCAUCUGCUGCAGCUGUCCAACCUCAUCAGGAUGUCUCUGCACCGGGUGAACGAGCCCGUCCCUCAGCCACCGCGUCCCUCGUCGCUCCCUGUCAUCUCCACAACGUUUGAGGCGCUCCGGUACUCGGUGGAGAUGUCUCAGCGCUUGAAGGUCUUCUGUAACUGGAGCAAACGAGUCGUCCACCACGUCCAGAGAGCAUCCCGCUGCCCUCGAAGAUGAGCUGGGCGACAGAUCCAGCCCGGGACGGAAGCUUCUCCCUGGAAAACCACUGCUUCCAUGUUGGACCUCAAGUGUCCUUUUCUUUUUGGACACAGCUGGCUUAGCCAUAGUUCAUUUCAGCACGCAUGCGCCGUCUUCUUCAGCCUUACACUUUAGUAUUCGUCACUUCACACUCAAUGUCAACAUGUCCGAGCCAAGAAAGUGUACUUGAACUCACCACGCGCGAGGCAGCAGGUGACGCGAAUCACAGGAAACGAGGGCUGUGUUCCACAAUUCCACUCGAGUAAGUAGUCUGCGUGCAAUGGUAUUUUGUUCCCGUGGGCGCCAAAUUGGCCUAAAUUGAUUAUUUUCGUUCUGUACCGAGUUCUUUUUAAUCGUCAAUUGGCACUGCUCAAGUUAGUCCUUCCUCUUUCGCUGCGAAGCCAAGAUUGCGACCAUUUGGUGAGCAAUCAGUGCCACAUCCGGGUACUUGUGGCGCUACUAAUGGGAAAUCUGGUUCCUUUUGAGUCACCCACCGAUUCAAAUUGGUUAAUUAUUUUGGUUCAGUACCGAGUUCUUUUUAAUCGUGAAUUGGCACCGCGCAAGUUAGUCCUUCCUGUUUCCCUGCGAAGCCAAGAUGGCGACCAUUUGGUUAGCAAUCAGUGCCACACCUGGGUACUGGUGGCGCUACUAAUGGGAAUUCCGGUUCCUUUUGAGUUACAGAGAAGUUCCAACCCUUCCUCGACUUGUCCCUCAUUGGGAAUCCCGAGUUUUGAACGAAUCGUUAAUGACUUACACAUCUCUAGGUGGCGCACUACGCACUCAUUAAAAGUGGAAGUGCUCGAUUUGGAACACAAUACUGGAAAAUGAGAGGAACCUCCUGGUUUUACACUGUAGUCCGUCAUCCGGGACAACAAACAGAAUGUAUGUUUUAUUAAGAAACGUGUGUUACAUUUGCAUACAGUAGCCAUGUCAAGUUGUUUACAUUGACGGUGCCUGGAACAAUUCUAAUAUUUUUAUACUGAUGGUUAUUUAUGAUGGCGCCGAGAUGCAGGCAUCUCACGUCUGAUAUUUAAUAAUUUUAUACUAUGUAUUAUUUAUGCUUUUCCAUCAAUUUAUUAAUAAACUUGUAAGAUGUU